UAAUAAAGUUUAUCAAUUUUUAAUAAACGAAAAAUGGAUGUUUUUAAUAAAGUAAUCAACCAAGUGAGCAGUUCGGUGCACAGUACAGUCUCGCAGCUCUCGGGCGUCCUGCCGGGUAAUCCUGUAACGAGAGAAUUCGAAUCGUCCGCUCACAUCGCUUCAGCAGGUCCAGGAUUAUUAUGGAAAAUCUACAAAGGAAACAAACGCUCGACGCGCCAGGAGUGUUCGAUAUUCGUAUUCGAAAAAAGGCAAUUGGACAGAUACAACAAAAACGACAAGGAACUGAUAUUAGAAACGCUCCGAAGGGGCGUCGUCCAACUCACCAAAAUCCGCCACCCGAAGAUCCUCACGGUCCAGCACCCGCUGGAGGAGAGCCGAGACAGCUUGGCCUUCGCCGCCGAACCGGUCUUUUCCAGUCUGGCCAACGUUUUGGGCCAAACCAACAACAUGCCCCAACCGGGCAACAUGUCCGACUACAAGCUCUUCGACAUCGAAAUCAAAUACGGCCUGCUGCAGAUCAGCGAAGGCCUGGCGUUCCUCCACAACGACGUGAAGUUGUUGCACAAGAACAUCAGCCCGGAGAGCAUCGUGAUCAACGCCCAAGGCGCUUGGAAGAUAUUCUGCUUCGAUUUCUGCUCGUUGAACUCGAACCCGCCCAAUCUUCCGGCCAGUUAUCCCUUCGAGGCGUACAGCCCGACCGUACCGUCGGUGUGCCAACCGAACUUGGAUUAUCUAGCGCCCGAAUGUAUUAUUUCGCUGAAGCAUUCGCCGGCUAGCGAUAUGUUUUCGCUCGGCAUGCUGGCGUACGCGCUUAAUUCGCCCGAUAGGAAAUGCUUCAAACCGUUGCGGGAUUUGCACCAGUUUAAAUCGAGAGCGCAGGAACUGUCUAGUUUGACUACCGGUCGAAUGCAAUUCGUACCCGAUGAAUUAAGGGAGUUUGUUAGAUUGUUGUUGAAUGUAACUCCGGAUGCUCGACCUGAUGCGCACCAAUUUAUUAAAAUACCGUACUUCGACGAUGUGGGUAUAAAAACUCUAAUCUAUUUGGAUUCGGUGUUGCAAUGGGACAACCUGCAAAAAUCCCGUUUCUACAAAGGCCUGCCGGAGACUUUGGCCAAAUUGCCGCACAGGGUGAAAGUGCAGAGGGUCGUGGCUUGUUUAUCGCACGAUCUAGGCCAGCCCGCUAUGGUUCCGUUCAUCUUACCGAGCUUACUGGAUAUAGCGCAGGAUUGCUCGCAGCAGGAAUAUCGCAACACAAUUUUACCUUUGAUUAAACCGUUGAUGACGCUUAUGGAACCGGUACAGAUUCUCCUGAUAUUCCUGCAAAGGAUGGAGUUGCUGUUGAAACUGACACCGUCCGAGGAUAUCCAACAGCACGUGUUGCCAAUGUUGUAUAGAGGUUUAGAUGCGGAUUCUCCGCAGAUACACGAAUUAUGUUUGGCUGUAUUGCCAACGUUCGCAGGCAUGCUGGACCAUUCGAACGUAAAAAACAGCCUGUUGCCGCGCAUCAAAAGGCUCUGCCUCAACACGUCCACUCUAUCGGUGCGCGUCAAUUGUCUGCUGUGCCUGGGCAGGCUGCUCGAGCACCUGGACAAGUGGCUGGUGCUCGACGAGGUGGUGCCCUUCCUGCCGCAGAUCCCGUCGCGCGAACCGGCCGUCAUCAUGGGCAUCUUGGGCGUCUACAAGCUGGCGGCGAACCACAAGAAAUUGGGCAUCACGAAGGAGAUCAUGGCGUCGCGGGUGUUGCCGUUUCUGAUACCGUUGUGCAUCGAAAACGGGCUGAGCAUAGCGCAAUUCGACGCCCUCACCGGCCUGGUGAAGGAGAUGUUUCGGACGGUCGAAGCCGAGCACCGCACCAAAUUGGAGCAAUUGAAUAGCGUGAAAGACGAGCAGAAAGUGUUGGCCGGUAACAUGCCUGUGAUAAGGCCUAAAGUGGCUGCUGUCGGUUUGGACGAGGCCUUUUCCGGUUUGGGUUUGGAUUCGUUUGUGCCGGGUAACGGUUUGCGAACGGUGGAGGCUGCGGAUCAACCUAAAAUCGAGCCGAAGAGCAUCGAAAGUCCACCUAAACCUAUCGCGAAGGAUUUGUCUUCUACUUUAAUGGACGAUUGGAUGAGUUUGCCUAGUAGUAAUAAGGUUAAUAAUAAUCAAACUAGUGCUGGUAAUGCUUUGACGUAUAGUAAUACUAACUACAAUCGUACGAUUAAUAAUACUUUUACAUCUAGUAAUAGUAGUGGUAGUUAUAAUUGGAAAUCUUCGAAUGCGAAUACGAAUACGCAAAAUUGGGGUGCUUUGGAUAAUUUGUUGCCUAUUAAUAAUAACAAUGCUGGUAAAGUACCGAUGAAUCGGCUCCAAGCGCCUUUGUUACCAAACAAUUCGCAAAGUAAUUCCAAUAAUAGUAAUAAAGGUUUGUCGAAUGAUGAUAUAUUGGAUCUUUUGAGUUAAGGAUUGAAACUUUUCAACUAUUCCAUUAUUAAUAUUUUAUGUGCUUGCUGAAACACAGCUUUGUUAGAUUUUAAGUUGUAAAUUAACUUAUUCGUAUUUAUUAAAUUAUGUUUUUAUAAAAAAAAACUGAUGACUAGAUGAAAUCUUUAGUAUUUCCUGAGUUUGUCGAAUUCUUAUCAAGCGAAGGUCAAAAGGUACUAAUAAAAUUUACACACAAUGUAGCAUAACCGUUAUCUGGAAAAUAA